AUGGUUGAUAUGAGCCUCAUGCAGAAAUCAAAUGGAGCCACUAAACGCAGAAUCAAAGCUUCCCAGCAAAGAAUACCCUAUCCCCAACCUCCAGGAACAACUCACGGCUCCAUACCUUCUCGCCACCAACAAGAAUCCGCAGCAGCUCAACGUGCCAGAGAAUCACUCAAAAUAAACAACCGAAUCUUCAAAGGAUACAUCAAUACCGAACUCAUCCGAUGUUGUGCACUCCUCACAACCUCCGAGUACGAACGAGCUUUAGGUCACGUGGAAAAUGCUUCAUUUCUUGCAGAGGAACAGAAUUUUUCUAUGAGAUUAGUAAAUGUUAUUUGUAUCGAGGAUUGUGUUUUAUGGGGAUGCAAAGGUGGAAGGAGGCGAGGGUUGCGUUGGUGA